AUGGAGACAGCACAAACUGGGAUGUGCAUCGGAUCUGUAGAGAGUGUCCAUGUUUCCCAGUUUCUCCAACAAAGGCUGGAACAAGAGACAAGUCACCUAGAGGGAGAAUUUGAUGAAUCCACUGUCAGAUCGUUGCAUCAUCGGGUGGUUCCUGUAACAAUUGAGGAUCAGCUGGCAGAGGAUGUGCCAAAUGGUACUCAAUUUGACGGUACCUUGGAUUCUAGGUAUUACACAAAUCUCCUAGUUAAUGGUAUUGAAGAAUCUCAAGCAACUCAUAGUGAUGUAAGAAUCCAGCAUGGUCGUGCAAUAGCUAAGAGUUCUCAGGGUAGAAGCAAAAAUUUUACAGAUGAGGAGGACAUUCUUCUUGUGUCAGCUUGGCUGAAUGUGGGCAUGGAUCCUAUUCAAGGAGUUGAUCAAACACAUGGCACAUUAUGGAGAAGGAUACAUGAAUAUUUCAAUGCAAACAAGAAGUUUGACUCAAAUCGUUCUGAAGUAUCUUUAAUGAAUCGUUGGUCCGGUAUUCAACAUGAUGUGAAUCUGUUUUGUGGAUGUCUGUCUAGGGUUGAGGCUAGGAAUCACAGUGGUUGGUCAAUAAAUGACAAGAUCGCAAAUGCAUGUGUAAUGUUCAAGGCCGAAGAGCCAAAGGGUAAGAAGUUUUCAUACCUGCAUUGCUGGAAAAUCUUGAAGGACAAGCCCAAGCGGAUGGAUAGGCGGAAGGAAAUUGGAAGUGCAAAAAAAUCAGCCACUAAGAAACAGAAGACAACGACAAAUUCUUCUCCAGCAUCAGUUGCAAAUGCAAGUGUCGUAGAUGCCCUUCUUGGGGGUGCUGAUCAUGAUGAACCAUCAUGCAGACCCGACGGUAAGAAGAAGGAGAAACAAAAGCUACGACAACGUUCGUCCAUGGAAGUUGUAGACUAUCUAAUUGCAAAGAAGAAAGAUUCUGACCUUGAAAAGGACUUGAAGAAAGAGGAGAGGUGCAAUAAAGCCUUUGCUCUACAAGAAGAAAGGAUCAAAUUGGACAAAGAAAAGUUUGCGUUCCAAAGACAGCUCGAAGAGGACAGAAUAAUUGGUUUGGACCUUAGCACCAUGAACUAUAAACAACAACAGUAUUAUGAAGAUCGUCAGAACGAGAUUCUUGCAAGACAUUUCAAUAUCUAGAAUUUUCUAGUUUUAGUUAAGUAUGCUUUGUCAACAAACUUGUUUUAGUUCAACAUUUCAUCUAAGUACCAUCUUGUUCAAGUUUCAGUUUGUAAUGGUUUAAAGGUCAUGAAUCAACUUCCAUAAGCAUGUAAUAAAUUAAUGGCUUCAUAGUCCAAGAUGAUUUUUGCUGCUAGA